GGAGCCAAGAGGCGCCCCUGCCUGGCCCUGAACUCCCGGCCCAUGUGAGUGAGUGUGUGGCUGCCUAAUAGGAAAUAGUCGAAGCACUCAGGCAGGUCAGUCGGCGAGCGCUGCGUUCCGGCCCUGGGCAGCCCAGCGCGUCGCAGAGGCCGCGGCGCCGGGACCGGUAAGCCGCGGGGAGGCCGGGAGCCGGGCGCGGAGCCGAGAGGGGCAGCGGCCCGGGGGCCUCGGCUGGCCCGCUUCUGCUCCUCCGCUCCUCCUCCUCCUGCCGCUGCCUCGGCUGCCCCCCCGCCUGCCUGCCUGCCUGCCUCCCGCCCUCCGAUGAGCUCCUACUUCGCCAACCCGCUCUACGCCAAGUACAAGGCGGCGGCGGCGGGCGGGGGCGAGGCGCCCAUCAAUCCCGCGUACUACGACUGUCACUUGGCCGCCGCCGCAGCCCUGCUCUACGGGAACAGCUUCCCCCCGCCCGGGCACGGGCCCGGCUCCGGCGGAGGCGGCGGCCCUCCGGACUACUACCACCCGCACCCGCACCCACCCGGCCCGCCGCCCGCGCAGCAGCACCUGGCCGCCGCAGCCGCCGGCAGCCCCGCGCCCUACCCGCCGCCGCUGGCCCCGCAGCCCGCCUGCGCCGGCCCCGCCGAGGCCGCCAAGUUUUACGGCUACGAGCCCUUGCAGAGGCCGCCCGUGUUCACCGCCCACCAGGAGGCCGAGCUGGUCCACUUCCCGGACUGCAAGGCGUCCAGCGCCAAUCUCGGCGAGGAAGCCGAGCACCUCCACCAGGGCGCGUCGCCGGCUCCCAUGUUCCCCUGGAUGAGGCCGCAAGCGGCUCCGGGCCGGCGAAGAGGAAGGCAAACGUACAGCCGCUUCCAGACCCUGGAGCUGGAGAAGGAGUUCCUCUUUAACCCUUAUCUGACCAGGAAGAGACGCAUCGAGGUCUCCCACGCGCUGGGCCUCACCGAGAGGCAGGUCAAGAUCUGGUUCCAGAACCGGCGGAUGAAAUGGAAAAAAGAGAACAACAGGGACAAAUUCCCGGCGGCCAGGCAAGAGGGCAAGGAGAGCGGGGAGGCCAAGGAGGAGGCGCGGGAGGAGCUCCCGGGCCGGGAGGACGGCCAGGCCGACCAAGGCUCUCCCCUCUGAACCUGGGCUGAGGACUAUGGCACAUGGGGAGGGGGCAUCUCCUGGCCGCCCUUCCGCUACUCUCAGGCACCUUCGACGCAAGGCUCCCGCCUUGUCUCUCAAGCUACCUUAGGACGUUUCUGGGCUAGAUGAGCGUUUCUUUGAUUUGAUCCUGCACCCGGCACCCUCGCGGGAGGCCAAAAAGACUGUAGCACGUCUUUUUCUUCCCCUGGAAUUUGAUACUUAAAAAAAAAGUCCUAGUAAUUUUGUACGCUGUUUUCUUGAGGGGUGGGGUGGAUUUUCUCUUCUGUUCUAAGGAACAAAUUGUCAGGUCUGUUUAGGAAUCCAAUCAGCCAUAUUUUGCACCUGUAUUUAUCUUGAAAAAAAAUUUCCCUCUCCCACUUAUUAUUUCUUGUAAAGUAAAUUAAUGAAGAGAUUUAUUGAUUUGUUUUUGAAGGGAACGACCUUAAUGAGACCUUUUGAUUAUCAGUAACCGAACGAAAUAAAACGAAAUUUAUUUCUGUGCAAACAGUCA